GCAGGGUAAAGUAAAUGAGUCAGUGUAACUGAAAGGAUAAAGAACAAACCCAGUGGAGAGAUUCUUUCCUAGAUUGAGGAUUACGUUUGCCUGGUUACACAUACUCACUGGCAGCGAAGAUGGAAUCUUGGUCCUCGUCUUUGCCCUAUGUCUUCAGUUUGGUGGUGUUCAGUCUUUGCAGCCUUGCGCUGGCAGCUAACAAUUAUAACUGUGAUGAUCCGCUGGUGUCAGCAUUGCCUCAGACAUCCUUCCAAAGCUCCUCCGAGCUCUCCAGCAGCCACUCUCCCCGCUUUGCCAAGCUUAAUAGAAGAGAGGGUUUCGGCGGCUGGUCUCCUCUGGACUCAAACAAGUACCAGUGGUUGCAGAUUGACCUGCGAGACAGAGUGGAGAUAACAGCAAUAGCCACGCAAGGACGCUACAGCAGCUCGGACUGGGUCAUUAGCUACCUGCUGCUGUUCAGCGACACAGGGAGGGUCUGGAAACAGUACCGCCAGGAAGAUAGCAUCUGGGCUUUCCCAGGGAACAGCAAUGCGGACGGUAUUGUGCAUCAAAAGUUCCAGCACUCCAUCAGGACGCGAUUCCUGCGCUUCGUGCCUCUGGACUGGAAUCACAGUGGUCGGAUUGGGAUGAGGGUGGAAGUCUAUGGCUGUGUGUACAAAUCGGACGUGGCAGACUUUAAUGGCAGGAGCUCCCUGCUGUACCGGUUCAACCAGAAAUCCAUGAGUACAGUGAAAGAUGUGAUCUCCCUGAAGUUUAAGAGCAUGCAGAGCGAUGGAGUUCUGGUGCACGGAGAAGGGCAGAAAGGAGACUACAUCACCCUGGAAUUGCACAGGGGCAAACUCGCCCUGCACAUCAACCUAGAUGAUGCCAAGCUCCGAUCCAGCAGCAGCAGCCGUGUGUCAGUGACCCUGGGCAGCCUCCUGGAUGACCAGCAUUGGCACUCUGUUCUGAUCGAGCGUUUUAACAAACAGCUGAACUUCACCGUGGAUAAGCACACGCAGCACUUCCGCACCAAAGGGGACUGCGACUCGCUGGAUAUUGAUUAUGAGCUCAGCUUCGGUGGUAUUCCACUUCCAGGCAAACCAGGGAUUUUCCUGAGGAAGAAUUUCCACGGCUGUAUUGAAAACCUUUACUACAAUGGAGUGAACAUCAUCGACCUGGCCAAGAGACGCAAGCCUCAGAUCUAUACCGUGGGUAAUGUCACCUUCUCCUGCUCAGAGCCUCAGAUGGUUCCUGUGACGUUCCUCAGCUCCACCAGUAGCUAUCUGCUUCUGCCAGUCGAUUCCCCAGCGGACGGGCUUUCACUUCGCUUCCAGUUCCGCACCUGGAACCGGGACGGGCUCCUUCUCUCGUCACAGCUUUUCCAGAAGCCGGAGCUCUUACUGCUCUACCUCAGCAAUGGAAAACUGAAACUCACCCACCAGAAAUCCCUGCUGGAGAAAACAGAACUGACAACAGGUCGUGGUCUCAAUGAUGGACUCUGGCACACUGUGAGCCUCAGCACUCGAGGACUGCAGGUCUCCCUUAUACUGGACAAUGAUGCCUCCUCCACCAUGGAGGCCAACAUGCAUAUCCACUCUGGAGACAGCUAUUUCUUCGGAGGAUGCCCUUCUACCAUGAACAACCUCGGCUGCAAAAACCCAACGCUCGCUUUCCAGGGCUGCAUGCGUUUCAUAUUCAUCAACAACCAGCCAAUGAAUCUCAUCCAAGUGCAGCAAGGCCUGCUGGGGAAUCACAGUGACUUGCAAAUUGACCUUUGUGGCAUUAGAGACAGGUGCUUGCCAGAUGGCUGUGAGCACGGGGGACAAUGUUCCCAGUCCUGGAGCACCUUUUACUGUGACUGUUCAGGAACAGGCUACACUGGAGCCACCUGCCAUAACUCAAUCUAUGAGCCCUCAUGUGAAGCCUACAGACACACAGGAAGGACAUCAGGUUACUUUUCCAUUGACUCAGACGGGAGCGGUCCAUUGGGUCCCACUCUGGUUUACUGCAAUAUGACAGAUGAUAAAGUGUGGACUACAAUGCACCACAACAGCAUGGAGCUGACCAGGGUCCAGGGUUCGAGCCUGGAGAAGCCAUAUUCCAUGCAGUUCAACUACAGUACCAGCCGAGAGCAGCUGCAGGCCAUAGUGAGCGGGGCGGAACACUGCGAGCAGGAGAUCCUCUACCGCUGCAAGAGGUCCCGGCUACUCAACACCCGCGAUGGCACCCCCUUCUCAUGGUGGGUGGGCAGGACCGGUGAGAGGCAGACCUAUUGGAGCGGUUCCUUGCCUGGGGUCCAGCAGUGCUCCUGUGGACUGAAUGAGAACUGCAUAGACAUGAACUAUUUUUGCAACUGUGAUGCUGACAGAGACGAAUGGACUAAUGAUACAGGCCUCCUUUCCUACAAAGAACAUUUACCUGUGAAUCAGAUGGUGAUUGGAGACACAAGCAGAACCGACUCAGAAGCAGUGUACAGAGUAGGGCCUCUGCGUUGCUACGGUGACAGAAACUUUUGGAAUGCAGCCUCUUUCAACAUGGAGACCUCCUACCUCCACUUCCCCACAUUCCACGCAGAGCUCAGUGCCGACAUCUCCUUCUACUUUAAAACUACCGCCCAGUCCGGAGUCUUUCUGGAAAACAUGGGGAUCAAAGGCUUCAUACGCAUCGAAUUAAGUUCUCCAUCUGAGGUGACCUUCUCCUUCAACGUGGGGAACGGGCCUAUCGAACUCACAGUGAAGUCGCCCACCCCUCUGAAUGACAAGCAGUGGCACUAUGUCAAAGCAGAACGCAACACUAAGGUGGCGUGGCUACAGGUAGACCAGUUACCAAUCAGGUUCCAGGAGGCUCCGGCUGACGGACACUUCCGUCUGCAGCUCAACAGCCAGCUAUUUGUAGGAGGUACAGCAUCGAGGCAGAAGGGGUUUCUGGGAUGUGUUCGUUCCUUGAUACUGAACGGCUUGACCCUUGACCUUGAGGAGCGGGCGAAGAUGACCCCAGGGGUCCAGCCGGGUUGCCCUGGUCACUGCAGCAAUUACGGCAGCUUCUGUCACAAUGGAGGAAAGUGCAUUGAAAAAUACAACGGCUUCUACUGUGACUGCAUUCACUCUGCCUACAGGGGGCCCCUCUGUAAGAAAGAGGUUUCUCUCCUCUUUGAAGCCGGCUCCUCAGUGACCUACACGUUCCAGGAGCCUCGUUCAGACAGUAGCAAUAAAAGUGUCCAAUCCUCUGCCAUCUACACUGAGAUAAGCAAGUCCCGGGAAAAUAUUGCAUUCAGCUUCCUCACAACACACACUCCGACCAUGCUGUUAUUUGUCACCACUUACUAUCACGAGGACAUGGCUGUCAUCUUGACUAAGAAUGGGAGCUUGCAGAUCUGGUAUAGACUGAACACAGAGAAAGAGCCAGACGUCUUCUCCACCAACACCAGCAACCUAGCCAACGGACAGCUUCACAGAGUCAGAAUCAACAGGGAUGGAAGGGACAUCUAUGUGCAGAUUGACCAGAACCUAAAUGCAAAAUACAGCCUUUCCUCGGAUACCGAGUUUAGUGCUAUCAAAUCUCUUAAUUUGGGCAAAGUCACAGGCAGCGCCGGUUUGGAUGAGGAGGUCAGAGUGGCGGGGGCACAGGGGUUCAUCGGCUGCCUCUCCUCGGUCCAGUUCAAUCACAUUGCUCCUCUGAAGGCGGCCCUGCAACAUCACAGAAACUCUGUCGUUACAGUGAAGGGGCGACUGGUGGAAUCCAGCUGUGGCUCCACAAGCAUGGCUGACCUGAACACUUUCACAACAACGCACAACCUGUCAGAUCAUUUAGAAAAAAUCAACAACGAGAGGGACCCACUGGCAAUACAAAGUGACUCAGUUGUCAUUGGAGGUAUCAUCGCUGUGGUGAUAUUUAUCACGGUCUGUGUCACUGCAAUAAUGAUGCGGUUCCUCUACCAGCACAGAAAGAGCCACCAAACUGGCACUGAAAAAGACAAGGAGCACCGAGAGAACCUGGAGUACUCCUUAAGGAACCACACUGAUCUCCAUCACUCAGUCAGCGAAAGCAAGAAAGAGUAUUUCAUCUGAGCCUUUUACUUUCAGUUCCCUGAUUGUUUGCCUGCCCGUGAUGAGAUGCAUGGCCCCGUAAGAUAAGGAGCGAGAUGGCCCCUCAGAAACACUGCCUUCUCUGCACAAGAGCCACCAACUGGACAACGUUAAAUUUAACUUUUCUUUUCUAGUGGGAGGUAAAAAAGCGACAUGGGUAGUAGACAUUUCUACCAAGGUGUGUUUUUAUUUUUAUUUUUUAUUCCCAUUAAUUUCAUGCAGAAAAUAAAAUGGUUGAGACUUGACAGAGCAGCAGGAAGUGAAGGGAAUUAAAUCAGUAUAGCCAUGAUAGACUAUAUGGAGGGUGAAGGGCACUGCCCUGCUAGGGAGAUGUGAACCAUGUCUUUUUUAUUUUUAAUGAGGGAAGACUGCAGGAUCUAAAUCAAAGUUACAGCGCUGUUUUUCUCAAUACAGAUGGCUUUACUUUCAAAAUUCAAUCAUAUACUUAUAACUAAAUAGCUUCUUGACUCCUGGAAUUAUUUAUAUUCAUGACACAUUUUAAACCCUUGAAUUUACUGUGCACAACCUCCGGUUUGAGAUAAACUGACACUUUUUAUAUUUAAAAUGGUUUUUUUGAGUUUUUCACUGGUUGUCAAAAUGCUCUGCAGAUGUUUGCACUGUAAUCCAUGAUGCACAGUGCUUUGUGAUGCCUUGGCAUGAAUAGCGUGCUAUACAUUUUACUGUCACUGUUGUUCAUGGCUGAUCAAUCCAAUAUUUCACCCUUCUGCAAAAUGCUCCUGAGAUACAGCUGGAGAACAAGGAGUCAAAAAAGCCAAAGAGGCACAAGCUGUGUCUCGAGAGUGGCAUAUACAGUAAUCUUUUAUUCACUAGUAAUUGACCACUUUAGACCAGCACUUCAUUAAGACCAAUGGUAGCAAAGAAAUUCCACUGUAGUUGGUCCAUAUAUGAAAUAAACCUUAUAGCAAGCACAUUUUAGCACUUUGAUGCUUACAUAUCAAUCAUCUGACCAAAUACUUUACAUGCUAAGUAUAUCUAAUAUUAUCCUUUUUAAAAUAAGGAUUAUUCCACAACACAAAGAGUAAGAGGACAGGGCAGACAACAUAUGAGGGAAUCUGUGAUCACUUUUUAUUUACUGUUAUAUUAGCUAUUUUUCUGUUGGGAAGGUGGCAGGGGAAAUGCUUUUUCCUUCGGAAGCACAGUAUCAGCAGAAAUUGAGUGUGCAGAAUAAAGUAGACAAUGACGGAACUGUUUCAAACAUUGAGAUAGUUAUAACGGAACAAAAAGGUAGUUAGGGUUAAAACCAACAAAAACAAGUGAUAUCAGUGCUUUCUGUAGUGCCGCUUUGUCAAGCUACCUUUUGUAAUAGUGGAGCAAAUAGGUGGGCCGGUUUACAUAUUUGAUUAACUCGAAAUGGAUGAUUUGAUUCAAUUUUUUAUGUACUUGUCUUGAACCGUGCUGACACCCAGUUUUUGAAAGGUAAAAAACAUUAUAUUAUUAACUUAGCCUGAAACAACUUAUUUGCAGGUAGCAAGUUUUAUAAUGUUAAUCCUUUCGGAAUAAAGGGGGCAACCUUCACUUACUUCAAAGUGGGAUACCCAGUGGCUUAAGUUAUCUAGAAAUCAUUUAGGACGCUGAUGAAGGUAGAGUGCACAAACUUAGCUAGACAGUAAACAUUAUUUGCAAUGAAAAUGUAACCUGAAUAAAUAAAGGGUGUGACCUUGAGCUGCUAUAACCUGAGCCUCACCGUGACCCACCCUACAAUUGAUUGUAUUGCUAUGUAUGUGUUUAUUUACAUAUUUGUAAUCUUUUUCUAUCGCACACAUGUAGUCCCCUUCUCCAGCUUAAAAAAGCACACUUUUGUAUGAAAUCUUGUACCUGGUCAUAUUCAAUAUUAUUGUCUAUUGUGAUGUAUUUGAAGUAAUGGACAUUCAGCUUAACUUCAAUGGAUUUAGGCAACUGGUUAGACCAAGAUCACUGAACAUUGUAGACGUUGUUAAAACCUAUCCCUAUCCCUGUCGCUUCAGAACGAAGAUUGAACUGAAAACUACAGACUGGCUAUCUUAGUGGCGUACACAUUUUUGGAUUUGGGACAAUGACAUUUGUAUUUCUGUUCGAAUUCAGUUCAGAUAACGCAUAUGUAACCACAUUUGUUAACAAGUGUUUAAUACAUUGUGAUUAAAACAAUAAUGAAACAAGAACACGUAUGAAUUAAACGAGUAAGAAAGGGGCUGGCUGAAUGUGUUGUAUCUGGGGGGUGCUCAUUCUGUAGUUCUGCUGCUGCUUACAAUUCAAUGUGCUUGUGAUAAUGUCAAAAUUAACAUGUUAAAAUAAAUGUUCUAGUAUCUGUUAUGAAACCUUACUGCUCAUUCUGAAGUAUAGCUACCCCCUGCGCUGCCUUAAUCAUAAUUAAUAUACAAGGUGAUUAAUAAACAACACACCACUUGAAAAAAACACAUUACAGAACAUGUCUGAAUUGAGCACCGCCACUGGCCUGGUACAAAAUAUCACAGCUACACAAGACACUGAUGUGGCUUUGGUCUGUAUGGAUACUCUUCAUGUUUUGUAAUGGUUCUGCGAUUAUUUAUUUUUUUUAAAUCUCCAUAUAUACUGUAAAAUAGCAAUUUAUGCUUUCACUGACAUGUAAUACAUUUCCUUUUAUUUUUUGCAUCUACUUGGAAAUAAUAACUACCUGUUGCCUGGAUACAUUGUUUUUUAAGUAUAUUAAGUAAUUGAACAAGUUAUAUCAAAUGUGCAGCCUCUGCUAUUUAUUUUUGUUUUGUUUUCUAUAGCUAUAAUUGUACAGAAGAAGAUGUUAUUAUCUUG